AAGCCGCGCUGCUGAGUGGCAGGAUUUACGACAGCAGCGUGGCUAACCAUAUGGCUACCCCUGCGUUUUUGCCAAGGCUGUAUAGCCGAUGUUCCAGAACUCAUUGUUCAAUUUGCAUUGACUCCCCCAAACCACCAACAAACCAACGCCAACCACGAUGAAGUGUGUUCCUGAACUGCCUUACGACGUCGAACCCAAGGUCAUGACGUUUGCGCUCAAGUUUCUCAAUUCGGCGCCCAAAGAAAAGCUCAUUGCCGAGCUGGACCUCGCCGACGCUGUCGCCAACAAGAUCAUCGACCAGCGCGACUUUGGCGGGUACAAGAACUUGGACGACAUUUUUGAAAAGAAACUGUUGCGCAAGAAGAAGUUCAACACGUUUCGAGACCGCCUGCUAACGUUCGCUAAGGAGAACAAGCCGUCGGACAAACCCGCCGACGACGACAACAACGCGCCCAAGAAGGGCAAAAAGAAGGGCAGCGCGGCGGCCGCUGCCCAGGCGGAAGCGCUGUUGCUGCUGCAAAAGGCUGAAAGGCCAGUGUUCAAGGAAUCCGAGCCAUUGCGCCUCCGCUUUGGAUAUUUAUUGGCGCAACCCAAGCCCGUCAUCGAUGUCGUGGCCGUCGAGUUGGCCCAACCCGUUAGUGUAGCAUAGUAUUUAGAUCCAAGGGAGAGAGAGCUGUUUUGGCUCUGCUUGUAUCCGUCGUAAUGAAUGCGAUCGUCUUCCUGACAUA